CGAUGUUUUUGUGCAUGGAUGUUUUUGUGCAUCCCUAACUUGCCCCAUUUCAAUUCUGCAAAUUUGCUUGCGUUUAUUUUACACAGAGUCGAUAAUUUUAUGCGCCGUAUACACUUUGAGUUUGCUUACUGAAUUUUUCAUACAUUAUUACUAACAAUGAGCCCAAGUAUUGUGUGGCAGUACUACGAUAAAAAAGAAAAAGGAAUUGCGAUCUGCGUAAAGUGCGGGAAAUGCUUUAAGUACCACAGCAGCACAACCACGUUAAAAAACCACGUAGAAAAAGUACACAAAAUUAAAAUGGAGAAAACUGACAUCAUUGAGCUUGUGGACAACGAUGAUGACAAUGAGCCGAAUCAAAAGAAGUCUAAAUCUGUUUACCCAAUACGAAAUUCCUUUGAAAGAGCAGUAUCAUUUUCUGAUAACAGCACCAAAGGGAAGGAAAUUUCAAAUGCGUUAAUGUAUAUGAUAGUUGUGGACGACAUGCCACUUUGUACACCUGAAAAAGGGGGUUUUUUAAAGUUCUGCAAAACGUUGCAACCUUUAUAUAAAGUGCCUACUGAAAAAACAAUGACGUCAAAAAUUGAAACAAAAUAUAGUGCAAUCCGAUUAAAGGUCAAAAACGAACUCAGUCAGGCGAAAUCUGUAUGCCUCACAUCGGACAUAUGGACAAACUCUUCGACUAUGCAAAGUUAUGUUGGAGUAACUAUACACUUCGUUAAAGAAAACGAUAUGGUUUGUGUGGAGCUUGGGGCUUUUCCAGCUGAUUUUAAAAAAGACAUAGCAAACCUUAAGGAAAAACUUCGUGAAAUAGUUAAUAACUGGGGCAUCAGCGAUGAUCAGAUAAUAGCAUUUGUCACUGACGGAGGAGCCAAUAUCAAAGGCGCAGUGAAACAAGAAUUUGGAGAGUCGAAGCACGUAACCUGUUUUGGUCACACUAUCAAUAAUAUUGGUCAAGCGAUCAUUCAAAAUAACAAUGACGAUGCUAUCGACGAUGAUGAAAACGAAACGGAAUGAGGCACGCUAAAGGAUCUUUUAAAAAAGGUAAAGAAAAUAGUAAAGUUUUUUCGAACGAGCGAGGUGGCUGCGAAAAAGUUGAGAGAUUACCAAAAAAGCAACGGUCAGUCAAACUUAAAGCUGAUUCAAGAAGUGAGAACAAGGUGGAACUCUUGUUUUGAAAUGCUGGAACGUUUUAUGACAUUGUCUACAUGUAUUGCACAAGUAAUUCUUCAGCUACAAAUGGAUAAGAACACGAGGGCCCGCACGCCUAAUAUGGUCACUGCUGAAGAAGUGGACGCUCUUAAAGAAGUAACGGAUAUUCUUAAGCCUUUGCAUGAAAUUACAAGUGAACUCUGCGGUGAAAAAAAUGUAAACAUAAGCAAGUGCAUUCCAUUGGUUGCAGGAUUAAAAAAGGUUAAAGAAAUAAUUAGUAAAUUGUUUCUAGAGUCAUUUUGUACUUUUAAGAUGACGUAGUAGACGUUGUAGACAUUAACCAAUAGAUGAACAAAAUGAUUAAUAAUGAAUUUGGCUGUAAAUAAAUCUAAAUCUAUAUUUUACAGGCAACAAUGAUCAUCUAACCGACUACAGCAAUAGGCAAAAUAGCAAAAGACGUCCUGUUGACCGAGGUCCAAAAACGUUACGCAAAUUUGGAGGCGGUGGUUAUUUACGGUGUGGCAACAAUACUUGAUCCAAGGUACAAGAAGGCUGCCUUCGAAAACUCAAUCUACUGUUCGCGGGCUGCUGCUUUUAUUGGUAACUUAUUAAUAACCAGCCAAACCCAAAGUAAUGAAUCUGUGGAAAGUAUCGCUGAGCUUCAAACAUCGGACGAAGGAGGCAUAUGGUCAUAUUUA